AUGAGAGACUAUCGUAAUUUUGCGCCAUUUACUUCGCGGUGCAUAAAAGACGCCAUCACUCUGUUUGAACAAGGCGAAAAUCGCAAAUCGCUACGUCAUACUCGCUGUUCUGUUCACAAGUUCCCGUGGAGAGACGAUCAGUUCGAGAUGCAGCCUGCUCGUCGGUGGUCGUUUCCCAUAGCGGUUUUUCUCUACCUCUGUUCAUCAAAGGGAACCGUCGAAUGCGUAAGAGAGAACGUCAAUCAGAAAGAUGGCCAGCAGAUGAAGCUACCUUGGAGCCAUUACGUGGACGUUGAACAAGUGGAAAUCGUGAUCCAACAAAAUGGAGCAAUAAACUGGUUAGAGCUGUUAGCCAUGAUUAUUUUGGAACGUCAGCAAAUUAUGGUUCUGGUGUUGGAACCAGGCCAAAAUCAUUUGCAACUUGCCUCCAUUCCAGAAAGUGCUCCACAGCUGAAUUCCUCAUGCUUCGUUCCAAACUUCAGCAGUUAUAUGGCUAAUCCACUCGAAUUUAAUAUGUCAUCACCAACAUGCUUCGACGGCUCUAUUUGUGGCUCGAUAACAACACCAGGCGAUAGGGCGAUUUUUGCAGAGUAUUGCAAGUCUGGCACGCCCUUGUUUUGUCUGUCUCGAAAAGGUGAAGGUCAUUCGCUCCAGGAAAUAACAAUUAACGGUUUUGGACAGUGGUGUAAGCAUAUGUCACAUACGAUGCUAUUCGCGCCUGUCCAGCGUAUCGGUGCAACUUUGGAAACGGUAGGGAAGAUGGCCACGUUUCUUGAGAAAAAUGUCUUGUACAUGUUAUUGGAACCAAACACUCUUCUGCAGCAAAAAGAGAAGGAGUUUAUCCCUCUCGACAAAUGGCCUUUUGAAGACAUUCGGAUGCCGCCAAAGAACUUAUCUCUCGCAUUUCAGAUGAGGGUGCGCAAUCACACGUGCAUGGCAUUUCCACUCAGUAUCCAGUGCGCGGAAACAUCAAGACCGCUGGUCUCUGAUGGUCUGCUGAAUUUGCCAGUUGCCAUCACCCUGCCCGUUCGUGACACGGUGCUACCGUUGUACUUUGAGAACGCUUUGCAGACAAAGCAGUAG